UUCCCAUCCCUCUGUGCCACUCCCUUUUUCUCUCUCCCUGCUGGGUAUAAAACUCAGAGACAAGAGUGGAGGAGUGAUAUUCAGCUGAGCACCACAGGAAGUCACAACUAUUUCAACAAGGACAAAGCUGCAGGGGUUUCCCAGCUUCCGGUUACCUGCACAACAUUCAACUUCCUCAGGUGACAGAGGGACACUAGCUGCUGCAUUUCUUUGGACAUAAACAAGUUUAUAUUUUACCCAGCAGGCUGUGCAAAUGGACAAAAGCAUGUCUGUGUCUCUGUGGUGUGAGGAGGUGGAGGAUGACCAGAGCCAGGAACAGAGCCAGACCGAGGCACAGGCCCAGGGACACAUCACAGGCUCGUCCCAGCUGCGAGCCGCCUGGGACCCCACUGUGUCUGGGCAUCGAGUGAUCCAGAGGCUGCUUCAUGUGGAGGAGAGGUACAUGCCCUCCCUGCUCUACAUCACCCUCAUCCAGCGGGAUCCAGAGCGCAGGGAGGAGCUCGCCAAAUGGGCCCUGGAGGUGUGCUGUGAAUGUGGCUGUGAUGAAGCAGUAUUCCCCCUGUCUGUCUCUCUGAUGGACAGGUUCCUGUCUGCCUCUUUGUCUAUACCUGUCUCACCGUACUGCCUGGCUGCUGGCUGCAUCCUCAUCGCCUCCAAACUUGCAGAGUGCGACAACGUCAACGCUGAUACUCUCUGUGCUGCAGCUGAAUACAGCUUUCAGCCUUCCAGCCUGCGGGAAAUGGAGCGUGUCAUCCUCGCCACCCUCCGGUGGGAUACAGCAGCAGUGACUCCACAGGACUUCCUCCCACAUUUUCUUGCCUCCGUGGUGGGGAGAGGAGAUGGAGACAGCAGUGACUCUGAGGGGGAGCUGCUCUCCACCACCCUGCGGCGGCACAGCGACACACUGGCUGCCAUGUGUGCCUGUGACUCCCGCUUUCUUGGAGCACCACCGUCACUUGUUGCUGCAGCAUCACUGAAUUGUGCCCUGCGAGGUCUGGGCAGCAAGGGCCCCACUCAGCUAGCUGUUUUGAGUGAAGCACUGGCGGAGCUCUGCCAGGCUGACGUGGUGAUGCUGCAGUGCUACAGCGAGAUGAUCGAAUAUGCCCUCCGACAGCGGCUGAGGAGUGGGCUUCAGCAGGGCCCCAUGGAGAAAGAUGAAGAGGUGGAGGACGAAAGGGCAGGGACACCUACUGACAUGAGAGACAUUGAUUUCUAAACGCUGACUCGACCAUUGCAUUGAACAUGUGAAUCAAUCAAAACUUCUCAAGCUAAUCAGUCAAACUGAUAUGAAUUGAUUGUGACCUCAAAAUGCUCCGACAUGUUUUUAUAUUUUGGAAUUAUUUUAUUGAGUGACUUGUUAAUUUAUUUUUUACUUUAUUUAUUGGUGAA